ACAGUCAGCGGGGGAAUAUAUACACGUUGUCUUUAACAAUACACUCUAGAUAGUUUUCCCCUUUAUAAUAAAUUAUAUCAUAUAAUACUGGAGCCUGUUGAACCCCAAAUUGCACCUUCCACCAGAACACAACCGGACUUCCUUGUGACACACAACCGGACUUCCUUCCGCCAUACUUGGUCGACUUUGACUUCUUCAUGUCCGGAAGUGUUGAUUUUCGAACCUCUUACACGCCCCGUCGAGGUUUUAUUAACACGGUAUCAUUUGGGAAUUUUCUUCAUUUUGUUUUUUUCCCAGGCUAGUCAUGUGGGUGUUCGGCUACGGCUCGCUUAUUUGGAAGGUGGACUUCCCCUACGAGGCGAAGCGAAUCGGCUACAUUACGGGAUUCAGUCGCCGCUUUUGGCAAGGCAGCACCGACCACCGCGGGGUGCCCGGACAAGGCCGCGUUUGGGGCGUGGCCUACAAGCUCCCCACGGGCCGCGAGCAGGAAGUGAAGCGCCACCUGGACCACCGGGAAAAGGGCGGCUACCGCGUCAUGGCCGUGGCCUUCCACCCGCGGCCGCCGCUGGCGCCCCCGCCCAGCCAGACGCUGCUCUACAUCGGCUCGCGGGACGACCCCAACUACCUGGGCCCCGCCCCCUUGGAGGAGAUAGCCAACCAGAUCGUGCGCUCCGAGGGGCCCAGCGGACAGAACACCGAGUAUCUGUUUCAGCUGGCCGACGCCGUCAGGAGGAUCCUGCCCGAGGACGACGACGCGCACUUGUUUGGGCUGGAGACGCUCGUACGCCAGAGACUAGAGCGCGACGGCUCUCGCAAAUAAUCCCAACGUGUCGUGACGAUGCUGCCUUUAUUUAAAAGUUGAAAUUGCUCCCUUAAUAAUUCAAAGAAUAGCUCUCGACAGUAUUGGAUUUUAUAAAAAAAAAACACAAUACUAUUGCCCGUAGGUGUGAUUGGUUGUCUGUUUCCAUGUGCCCUGCGAUUGGCUGGCAACCAGUUCAGGGUAUGCCCCGCCUCCUGCAUGUUGCUAGCUGGGAUAGCCUCCGGCACUCCGGCGACCUUAGUGAGGAUAUGCGGCUCGGAAAAUGGAUGGAUGGAUGGAUGGAAACUGCAAUAGUAUUAAUCAUUUUUCACAGAGACUAUAGAAGUAUUUCAUCUUAGUUACAAGGCGUUGCCAGACUGUUGGCGUUCAAAUAUCACUGGUUGAAAUGUUUACAACUACCGGAAAAGUUACGCUAUUUUCGUUAGCUCGCCUCUGGCGGGUUUCCUACUGUGCCUUUGCAUGACGCAAGCACACUUCUUCAAGUCGUGUGGUUUUGCCAAAUACGCAAUUUGUAAUUCUCUUCGUUUGACGUUUAGUUUGCUUCAACGGGGAACGGGAAUAAACAGGUUCCGAAAAAAACUGGCAUCAUAUUCAGAUUUUCACUCAUCUUCCCUUUUGCGGAUUUCAUCUGGAGUAAACGUUUCUUUUUACCAUCUUGUGACGAAACAAUUAAAAUAUGAAAACUUAAGUCUUACCUGAAACAGGGUUCCAACCAGCGAUCUUUCUGUUGCGAGACGACCGCUUGGUCCAAUGGACUGUCCCCAAUUUCAAUUAUAAAGUACAUAUCUGUAUAGGUGAUUCAUUUAUUGAACAUUAUCAUUAAUACAUAUAAAUACUUGUAUGUUUUUACAGACUUAUUUAAAUCAACUGUACAUCACAUCACAUUUAGGUUGGUAUAUUAGUAAAGUCAUAAUUAUGUAUUCAAAGCAUCCUAAGCACAUUUUCCGCAAAACAUGAGCAUUUUUAGCAAAAAUGAUCACGCAAUGUACAACCUCCAUUUUUUUGCUAAGCUACACUACUGUACACUGUAAACUUAUUUACAAAGCCAAAUAUUUACAGUACUGUGUACUCAGCAUUUAACGGAAAUGGGAUGUUUUAACUAGCCCAAGAACAUCUGAACAUGAAGGAUUACAAGAAGCGUAAUAAUUCAUAACUUCUAAAAAAUUUACUGUAUUUUUCCAUGUAUAAUAGACCCCGCCCAAAAAAAAAUAAUUGACUCCAAAAUUUUGGAAAACCCUUCUCCCUAUGUAUAACACAUUUGUACAAUCAAUGAUUUUGCUUGUACCCAUUUGAUCGAAACAAGUAUUACCUAUAUUUUGUUGGUUUUUUUCUCAACCAUUUAUUCUGAAGUAAAGCACUUUAUUUGAACACAAUUAGUUUUUAUUCACCUGGUCUUAUUUUGAAAUUCACAGUCCCACUUCUUUUUAGAAAAUGAGAAAACACACACUUGUGCUCAUAUGUGUGAUUA